GGACAGCUACUAACAGGAAGGUAGGUAGGUACCUGAGGGAGGUACCCUAGCUCUCCAAGCUGCCCGUCUUUCUCCAAGCUCUCGCUUUUAAUUCUGUUUCCUGUUUCUUAUAAUAUCUCAACAGUUUAUCCUCUCAACAGCAGAAUUGCAAAUCAUCUGCAGUCUUCUUUGAACCUCUCCCUUCUGUGACUCUUCCGUGAACUUGUUACGUCAGUGAUCACGACUUUUGCCAUUCCCUCACUUUCCCUCUUCGUGCCUGUUUACUUUCUUGGUUGCCCAGCUGUCAUCAUGGCUCUUGGUUUGAAAGACUUUGUCGAGUAUGUCGAUUAUGACAAGCAGAGCUUGUACAUCUCUGCUGCCUCCAUCGCAUUCAACCCUCUCUUCUGGAACAUCGUCGCCCGUCAAGAAUACCACAACAAGCUUCUGACCAAGAUCUUCGGCGGUAACUCCCAAGUUGCCUGCUAUGCCCUUGCUGCCACUAUCUUCUCUCUCGGUAUGAUUCGCGACUUUAUCUUCAAGACUGCCAUCGCCGAGCAACCCACGCAUCCCGCUCUAGUCACCGACUUCAUCCAGGCCGCAGCCGUUGCUCUGUUCAUCGUUGGUAACGUCCUGGUCGUCUCUUCAACCUGGCGACUAGGCAUUACUGGCACUUUCCUCGGUGACUACUUUGGCAUUCUCAUGGACGAGAUGGUGACUGGCUUUCCCUUCAACGUGACCGGUUCUCCUAUGUACACUGGCUCUACCUGCAGCUUCCUCGCUACCGCCAUGUGGUAUGGCAAGCCUGCCGGUAUCCUGCUCACAUUGUGGGUCGAUGUUGUCUACAGGAUCGCUUUGAAGUUUGAGGACCCGUUCACUUCUGAGAUCUACGCCAAGCGUGAGCGUGAGCGUGAGCGUGCUGCUGGGAAAAAGUCCAACUAAGCUCCCGAGUUCUGUCUAAACUCUCCCCAAGUAAACGACAAAUAAGAGUCAAAGGACAGCAUAUCAGCGCUUCAUGAAACGUUAUCAGGGCCGCACAAACCAACGGAGACUGCCAGACAGCUCCAUCUAGUCGAAUAGUGUACGAUACACACCAAGUCGACACAGAAAGCUACGCCUUUCAACAGGCCAGGUGCCUCUCAACAGGCUUAAGGAGUUUUCGGAUUAAACCUACAGAUACCACGUCUUUGCUGACAUAAAAUCGUCGCAAGGCAUAAGGGAUUACAUUUGAUUUAUAUAACAAUACCAAACUGAGCAUUCGCAACCAAGGCCAUAUACAUACAUGGACGACUUCUUUUCCACUACUCAAGAAAGGAUAGCAACUGUUCCCCCUUUUAGACACCACGUCUGUAGACCUACGCAUGGCCCUCAUUUGCGCUCUUUGAUUUAAAGCGCUUCUGCGUUAUGGCCAAGUUUCUCUAUAUUGCAUGACAGGGAACCUACCCUCUCGUAUGUGUGUCUGAGUUGGCCGACAUAUGACCUUGAACCCAUAAAGGGCACAGGACAGAGUCUAGAGGAAAACUUGACAUACCUAAACUCAAACAUAUUGUACACUAAAUUCAACAGCCAUCUAGCUCAUGAUCUAGUCAUCCCUUAUAAGUUGAUUUGAGAAUCUACUCUACAGUUCGGCAACCCCUCAAAAUAAGCUCGGCAACCCAUGAUCGCUUCUAAGCGACUCCUCAUGCAUGCACCGUCCAUACCCAGUCAAUUUCUUUUGCCAACGCCAACUCCGAUUCACUCUGGUGCACAUGCAUCUAUGUCUCAGAGGGCUUGUUGUCGGGGAGCAGGUCAACAGCAGAGGCCUCAACAGGCUUCUCCUCGGUAGAAGCUUCACCGGCCUUCUCAGCUUGACGAAGAGCGAGCUUCUUUUGCUUCUUUUUGUCCUUAGCAGCCUUCUUCGCCGCCGCCUUCUCUGCCUCGAGGGCCUUUUGCUUUCGGAUCUCCUCACCACCAAAGGCCUCGCGCCACUCAUCAAGCUUAGACGCAGGGAUCUGUGUGAAGAGAAGCUUGGGCUCGCCAAUCUUUUGGCCGGGCUUGACGAGGUCUCCUGACCAUGUCUCAGGAAUGGAGAUCAAGCCAGGGCUGCCGAUCUGCUCCAGGAUGGCCUCGGAAGUAGAGGGCAUGUAAGGAUGAACGAUGCUUGCAAGGAGCUGGAGAUGGUUGAUACCAAGACCAAUCACCGCAGCGCAGCGGUCUGGCUCAUCGGCCAGAAGCUGGUUGUUCAGCUUGCUGUCCUGCAGAAGUUUGUUGCCAAGGGCAGAGAUGUGCAUAACGGUGGCAAGGCCAGCGCGGAGCUUGAUGGCGUCGAACUGUGAGAUAAAGGUCUUGAGGGCCUCGUUCACUUCCUUCUUGUGCUCCUCUAGCCGCUCGUCGGUGUACUUUGUGUAGUCGGGAACGACGCCAUCCAACUUGGCCUGAGUGAACUUGAGGAUUCGUUGGUUCAAGUUACCGAGGUUCUUGAGAAGAUCGUUGUUGUUGCAGUCAAUGAACUCUUGCCAUUUGAACUCAGAGUCAGCGGACUCGGGCCGUCUGGAUAGAAGGUAGUAUCGCCAAACAUCAGGAUCAACGCCAGUCUCUUUAGCAGUGUUUCCAAAAACUCCAACGCCGCGGGACUUGCUGAACUUUCCGCCCUCAUAGUUGAGAUACUCGGUUGUCGACAUCUUGUGGACCUUGGUCCAGUUCUCUCCUGUUCCAAGUUGAGAGGCAGGGAAGAUGAUAGUGUGAAAUCUAGUGAGUUGUCAGCACCGCCCCAGCGUAUCAUGUGGAUUCUCAAGAAGUUCGCUUACGGUACAUUGUCCUUGCCCAUGAACUGGUAAAGCUUGACGUUCUCAGGGUUCUUCCACCACUUCUCCCAGUUCGUGCCAUCCAAGUUAUCACCAUCGACCAAGUUCUUGGUGAUAGAGACGUAGCCAAUGCAAGCAUCGAACCAAACAUAGAAGACCUUCUCUGCAUACUCCUCGUUACUCAAGCCUUCGAGAUCCCUGGGAAUAGGAACACCCCACUUGAGGUCUCGAGUGAUACCACGGGGAAGGAGUCCCUUGUCGAUCCAUGACUGGGUGAUGGAAAUACAGUUUGUGCUCCAAUCUCCCUCCUUGCUACUCUUGUGGAACCAGGGAACAAGCAAGUCCUUAACCGCGUCUAGGCGAAGGAAAAGGUGCUUCGUCUUUCGCUUCUCGGGGGUGGUUCCAUCGACCUUGCAGCGGGGGUUGAUCAGGAAACCAGUCGCUUUAGCCUCGACAUGGUCAUCAUCAGAGGUGCUGGGCUCGCGUUCGGGUUCAAAUGGGUCGAGAAGGCUACCGCAGGCAUCGCAUUGAUCUCCGCGUGCUCCGGGGUCAUGGCAAAUGCUGCAUUCUCCCUCGACGAAUCGAUCUGCGAGGAACUUGCCGUGGGCAGGAUGCGAGCAAAAAGGCUGAGUAGUCUCUCGCUCCUCAAUAUAACCAUUCUUCCAGAGCUCCUUAAAGAUCUGCUGCACAAUCUGGGUCUGUUGUUGAGUGGGUGUUCGGCCGAAGAUAUCGAAGUCAAUUCGGAACCAAUCGUAGACUCCCUUGUGAAGGGCAUGAUACUUGGCGCAAAGGUCGGCGGGCGAAAGACCUUCCUCGAGGGCCUUUGUCUCGGUAGCAGUACCGUACUCGUCGGAACCACAAACGUAGAUGGUGUUCCAGCCUCGCGCUCUGCAAUAGCGAGAAAAGACAUCGGCGGAGAGAACACUGCCGAUGAUGUUGCCCAGAUGCGGAAUGUUGUUGACGUAGGGAAGGGCACUGGUAAUUAGAAUGUUGCGCUUACCCUCCUCAGGCAGAACGGGUGAUUUUGAAGCCAUUUUCGGCGAUCUGAUAUCUAUCAAUAACUCUAAGUUUACUCAGGACGAUUGAUGAGAGGUUCGGUGUUGGUUGUCUUUGUCUGUUUGUGAGUCACAGAGCUGCGAUAACGCCUUUGACAGUCAAAAUUCGUAGCUGAGGUGCGAUGGCGGGGGCGGGGGAGGGGGAGGGGUGAUUGGAGAAGUCGCUGUGAAGGUCUAGGGUAACCAGAGUUGGUGGCAAAGACUGCCUUAUAGAUGAUGUCUACGGUACCUGUGUUGACGGAUUGUGCUGUAUUAUAGAAAUUUGAAUGUUGUCUGACUCAUUUCUAAGUUAGUAGGAGUCAUGGCAUAAACUCUUUUAGGGGUUCUUGGGAACAUGCCACUCUCGCGUGUCUCGAGUUUGUAGAAAUCAAUCCUAACGAUGCUUGCACUGAUGCAGAGCUGAUGAACAUCAUGAGUUCCACUGGUUCAAUGUGGGAUCCCCUCUGUGUAUCACUGUAUGCUCGG